CUGUGUGGAAUUGGAGGAUGUACAGGCUUCUCACUUGGGCCCCUGCUCAGCAUGGUGCUUGAAAUCAACCCAAGCAUAAUACCAACAGCCUUCCUGGGUACUUGUGUUAUCUUCGCCUGCUUCAGUCUGGCUGCCCUGCUCAGUGAGAAGAGGUCAUUCCUCUAUCUUGGAGGUUUUCUGAUGUCAGGACUGAGCAUGCUCUGUCUCAUGAUGUUCAUUAACAUCUUCAUUGGCUCCUAUAUGGCAUUCCAGAUUGAGCUGUACGGAGGCCUGUUCCUGUUCUGUGGCUUCAUACUGUUUGACACCCAGCUGAUUGUGGAGAAGUGCGAGCGUGGAGACAACGACUACAUCUGGCACUCGCUAGACCUCUUCCUCGACUUUGUUAACAUAUUCUGUCGUCUGCUCAUUAUUCUGGCCUCCAAGGAGAAGAAGAGAAGCAAUAAGUGAACAAAUCAUAAGCAAGAGACGUUAUUAAAACUGACGAGCGUAUUAUAAUUGUUAGCAUAAUUAUAAUUAUACAAACAUUAUACUGUCUUUGAUUGUUUAGUGUAUUAACCGUGUCUUCUUCCAUAAUUUUAUUGUUUUAUCUCCAACUCCCUA